CUCACACAAAAAGAAAAGCCCACGCACUGACUCCGGCCUGGACACAGAGAUACAGUUGGCUGCCAAAUCCUAAUCAGUGUAUCUCCGAGUGAGGCCUCGCUUUGCCGUAUCUCUCUGUUUUCUGACAUGGAGUUCCACAGUGUGCAUAAAAUCUUCCACUCCAACCACCUGGGUGAGGAGAAGCAUCAGAUGCUGAACCUGAAUCGACGCCUGGAGACCUACCUGAGUCGGGUCAAACUCCUGGAGGAGGAGAACGCGCUGCUCGCAAAGGAGAUCCAAGCUAUGAGGCAUAACAGUCACGGAGUCUCGCCACACAGGAAGGGCCUGGAGGAAAAGCUGCGGCAAACAAGAUUGGAAGUGGAAGCGGCCUGGAGGGACAGGGUCCUCACAGAGCUGGAAGUUGGCAAGCUGGCUGAGGAGCUUCAAGCCCUGGACAUGCUGAGGCAGAGGGAGGCUCAGGCCCACAUGAAGGCCAAGACGAAGUUGGAGCAGAGCAGGAAGGAGCUGGAGGAGGAACAAAGGGCACAGAUCUGGCUGAGGGAGAAGGUCAGUCAGCUGGAGCAGGAGAUGAGGCUCCUAGUUCAAACCCAUCACGAGGAUGUGGCCCACUUGGAGGCCACGCUGAGCCGUUCCAGAGCCACGAUGCCUCACACAGCGGUUCAGAGAUGCAACCAGACACCAAAUCUCCUCCAGCUGGAGCACGAGUACUCCCAGAGGGCCAGCAGGGCAUGGCAGGAGGCGGCAGAGGCCUAUGAGGGCCAGUUAGCUCGGCUCGAGGAGUCGCUUAACCAGACCAGGAGCCGUUUGACCCAAGCGGGCCAAGAGAAGCGCGAGAGCCAGUUGAAGCUCCAAGCCCUGGAGAAGGAGAGGACCUCGGCUCAGGAUGUCAGGCUGCAUCUGGAGAAGACUGCAGCCCAGCAGAGAGACAGAUACAGCCAGGAGAUCCAGCAGCUCCAGGAGCACUUGGACGGUCUGGAGGCGGAGAAAGAAGAGAUGGGCCAGCAGACCGACCACAUCCUCAAGGAGAACCGAGGCCUGCUGCAGCUGCAGAUGUCUCUGGGCCUGGAGGUGGCGACGUACAGAGCUCUGCUGGAUAAUGAAAGCCUCAAGGGAGACGUCUCACUGUUGAAUCAGCCAAGACACAUUUCAAUCACAGAUGCAGUUUUCAGUCCUCAGGGGGUUAAAAAGAAUUACCAGACCCAGCUGCCUGCUAGCCACAAGACCGCUUCCCUCGCAUCUGCCCACGUCAAAGCAGGACCCACAGUGAUAACUGCAACACCGACAUGGAGUAGAAAACCCAUGACUUUAACAGAAACGCUGAAGACUUCAGAGAAACCUGCUCAUUCUGAUGCAGCAAAAUCAGCAACAUGGGAAAGCCCUUAUCCAAAAAUCCUCCAAGAUGGCGCGAUUGAAAAUUUCAGACCACAGGAGGUUCAUGAGAAGGUCACCUAUGCUGAGCCCUUGUCACCUCCCAAUGAGCAGGAGGACGUUGUUGCAACAACAUCGGAGGACAAAGAAAGUGUUGAUGCCGAACCUCUUGACGAAAGACCAGUUGUUGAGUCGGUUGUCAGUUCUCAGGUUGAGUCUGGCCUCAGCAGUGAGCCGUCCAUGAGUGAUGAAGCUGGUCAGCAUCAGUUCACGACACCCAGCCUAACGCCGUACCAUGUCAGAAUGACGGAGGAGUCCUGCGGUUUCUCCGAUGACUCUGAUAAGGAAGUGGCUUUCGAUGGGACGGAAGAAGAUAUGCAACAGCCACAUGCUCCAGUUGAGGCAUGGGUAAAGACAGAGUGCGUAGAUAAAGAGGUAGAGCACGUGCAAGAGGAGACUUCAGAUUCCGAAACUGAGGCCAUGCUUGAACCAACGUUUGAAUCCAGGCCGAGCAGUCCAGAUUCCGAAUGCGAGCUUGAGGAAAGCGUCUUCAACCAACCGACAGAUUACACCCAUGAUGGAAACAUUUCAAAUGAGGAUGCAGUUGAGAUGAGACAAGAAGUGGGUUGUUCCACGGUGGGCGCAAAUGAAACAGAUGUUGAGGACAAGUUGUACCCCGAUGGAGAAGAGAUGGAUACUUGGGAUAGCGUAAUAGAAAAGAGGGUUGUUCUGAAGACAGAUGAUGGCAUUAAAAAUGAUGAAGGAAAAAUGCAGCACGCUGAACCAGAGGAAGACAUAUCAGCAAAAGAACCGGAGCAUAAGAAGAGAGAAACUCGGCAGGAUUUUGUUGGGGAUGUCGAGAAAGAUGACAAUGUGGCCUCUUCACUGAUGGAUACACAAGUGGAUGAUGGACAGCGCAUUGAGCCGGAGCAAAAGCAUGAGCCGCCUGUGGAUAGUGAAGAAGACGAUGAGGAGGACUCUCAAAAUGUCUCCGUGUCAUGGAGGACUGAGCUGGAGAGUGACAGCUACGCUCAGGAUAACACUCUCGCAGACACUCGUCCUCUGAUUCGAUACAAAAGCGACGAGACUGACGCGAACACUCAGGCAUCGCACAUGGAUGAGAGCGAAUCCAGUGAAGGUGAACAGGAAAGAAAGGUCGGAGAGACAGGGACUGGGAUGUGGAGUGAGGAAAAGGCGAAGAGGUUUGGAACUAUGGAGGAUCUGUGCGAGGAGGUCGAAGGGGGGACAAUGGAUGAGGAAUAUAAUAUGGGAUACACUCAUAUUGAAGACAGAGAUGGUACAACUGUAAGUAAGCAUGACGAUGACGUAGAAAACGCAGAAGAAAUGAUCAGCAAAGUCAGUGAGGGACAUUCAGAUGAAGAAACUGAAGAACUCCCCAAACCCACGGUACGCGAAAAUGUAGACUAUGACGAGGAGCUGGAGAUAGACAGACUUGUGGAGCAGGAAUUAGAGAAUCUGUCCACAGACAGCUACAGCGUUCACUUUGCACAGCAUCAGGUCAGCGAGGAGACGGCGAACCUGGAGGGGAAGGCUGUCGAGGAAAUGACAGAGGAAGAAGAGGCUGGAAAAACAAAAACAGAGGACAUGUCUUACUGUGUAGAGACUGGAAUGAGAGUAAAUCAUGAACUUAUAACAAUUACAGAUCAGACUUCUGAGAACCUAUUUAUCAGUGAUCCAUCAGUGGUAAUGUCUCGAACAGACACUGCAACUGAGGAGAACAUCUACCAUGAAGAUACAGAAGCUCCAGAUGCACCAGAGAACAGAGAGAAAGAGGAUGAACACAAUGUGUCCAUGGUGACGCAUGCUGAUGGAACAGAAGAUCACACUGGUUUGGGUGAUUUUGAUAACAGGCCUGAUAUGGAACAAAUCAGCAACUCAGAGGAUCCGAACUCUGUGUUACUGGUGACAGCAGAUCAAAAGGAGGGGAAUGAUGUGACUGUACCCGCUGAUACGAAAGAAGAAAUACCUGUGGAAGCAUCUCACGAUUCUCAGAAGCAUCGAGUUGAGGACGUUGCAGAUUGUUUGGAGUUUCCAGCAGCUCCAGAAGCAGCUGAAUGGGAAGUCCUAGAGAACCCAAGAGAGGACUUUGAAAUCAGAGAUCAGAACGAGCAGGAUGAAAAAUGUGAUAAUGUGCCCGAAGCAGCUGAUAAAGGUGCUGUGACGCAUCAAGUAGAGCCCUUUGAGAUGUCCCCUGACAGAACACCGGGUGAACACGAUAUCUUUGGGGUAAAAGAUGCAACAGACAGCAGCCUCCGUGGUUUUGUUUCCUCCGGCGUAAAGAGCGACUUCUGGGUGUCCUCCUUGGGGAGCGCUGCCACCUACCAACCGGAGGAUCCCUUUAAUGAAGCAGCAGAGCACACCAACCAGAACGUAGGAUUUGCUGACAGCCUAGUUUGGGGGCAUUCAGAAAACCAGAAUGUGGUGAACGGAAACUCCAGGGUGGAUAUUGACUCAGCUAAAGCCCCGACUGCUAAGAAAGAACAGGGGCAUACAGAAAUGAAGCAGGUGUUGUGUAGAAAUAUUGCUGAGGGGGAGUUUGUCCAUUCUGAGGAGUCUGAAGUUGAGGGUGAAUCAUGGUCAUCUGGGGAGUAACCGUCUGCAAAAGUAGCAAGAAGUUUGGGGUUUAGAUGUAAUCAGUGUUAGUCAGUGGAAAAAUGGUGUUUUCUGUAUGAUGCAUUUACGAUAAAAACCAAAGUUGUGCCUUGGUGCGCUUCUUCUUAGUGACACUAACCACCAGUGUGCCAAUUGUCUCUAUACAGAUACUGAGCCCUCGCCUCAUUUCCCUUAACUGACAUAUUUGACUCAUAGUUUGUACUUCUUUCUUCGCUGUUCAAACCUUUCAGUCUUUCAGUGUGCAUGCUAUGAACGAAGAACGGGGGUUUCUGCAUGAGGGAACAGCAUGGAGACAGAACAAAGAAUGUCAUUUGAAAGUCAAACCUUUAUUGAUCGUCGCCUAAUCUGAUUUUACUAACGGAUGGAAAUCAAUGACACCAGAGGGUUAGAAUUGCUCGUAGACCUGCUAGUUUAUCGUGUGUCAAACAGACGGCCUGCGUUUCUGCCAGUGAGUUAUUUCGUUUGACACCAGUUGUCUCGUCUUUGCAUGUUUCACACAUGUAGAACAAUCGCUUGGUUGCAAAUGUUUUAUGUCGAAGAGGAGAUAAAUCAGCAUAGAUAAGAACACUGUCGUAAAGUUUACUGUGGUACAUUUACAGUUCAAAAUAAACAGUAGAUUCCUUAUA